GGGCCGAGAUGGGCCGAGAUGGAGUUGGGCAGGCUGAGGUUACUUUGCGCCCAAGGCCCCAAACUGUGGAGCCUGCGCUGCUGAAAAUGUGGCGCGAAAAGAACGAAGGAAAGCAGAGAUGCUGCGCGCGGGGCGUCUAAAUUUCAACCUCCACAAGCCAACCUCAAUCGAUGCCCAUGUCUGUAUUCAGAUUCUUGAAGCUUGCAUUCAAUCCAAAUCGCUCAGGAAAGGCAAGAUAAUCCAUCAGCAUCUCAUCAAGAACCACAACUCCGGCGCCGCGAACAACUCAUUUGUGUUGGACAAGCUCACCCAUUUGUAUGUUUCACGCAAUGAAGUCGAAUUUGCUCGCCGAGUGUUCGACAAAAUUCCAAACCCAAGUGUUGUUUUGUGGAACAUGAUGAUCAGAGCUUACGCCUGGAAUGGCCCUUUUGAUGCAGCCAUCGAUUUGUAUUACUUGAUGCUCGAAUCCGGUCUUACGCCCACCAAAUUCACGUUCCCUUUUGUUCUCAAAGCGUGCUCCAGUUUGCGUGCAUUGGAGGAUGGUAAGGAGAUACACGAUCAUGCCACGAGACUUGGGCUUGACUCGGAUGUCUUCGUUUGUACUGCUCUGAUUGACUUGUAUGCGAAAUGCGGGAGUUUGAUUGACGCGCAAAGAAUGUUUGAUAAUAUGUCUCACAGAGAUGUUGUUGCAUGGAAUGCCAUGAUUGCCGGUUUCUCUCUUCAUGGUCUCUAUAAUGACGUGAUUGGGUUGGUUGUUAAAAUGCAGGAAGCUGGAAUAAGUCCCAACUCUUCGACAAUUGUGGCGAUUCUUCCUACAAUUGCCCAAGCCCAAGCUUUGAGCCAGGGCAAGGCAAUGCACGGGUACUGCAUAAGGAGGAGGUUCAGUAAAGAUGUUGUGGUUGGUACUGGGCUUUUGGAUAUGUAUGCAAAGUCCGGGUCUCUGUCUUAUUCUUGGAGAAUUUUUAAUGCAAUGUGUCUUAAGAAUGAGGUAACUUGGAGUGCUAUGAUUGGCGCGUAUGUUCUAUCUGAUUUCAUGAGUGAGGCAUUGAAACUCUUCGAUCAAAUGUUGCUUGAGGAUGCUACAAGUCCUAGUCCAGUUACUAUUGGAAUUGUUCUUCGAGCUUGUGCAGUGCUAACGGAUCUGAACAGGGGGAAAAAUUUGCACUGUUGCACAAUUAAAUCUGGGUUUAUUUUAGAUAUAAUGGUGGGUAAUACACUUCUUUCAAUGUAUGCAAAGUGUGGGCUUAUAGAGGAUGCAGUUAGGUUCUUUGAUGAAAUUUGUGUGAAAGAUACCAUUUCUUAUAGUGCUAUCAUCUCAGGGUGCGUGCAGACUGGUAAUGCGGAGGAGGCUUUGCUUAUUUUCCAUAAAAUGCAGUUAUCUGGCUUUGAACCAGACUUGGCAACCAUGCUGGGAGUCCUGCCAGCUUGUUCCCAUUUAGCUGCUCUACGACUUGGGUCUUGCGCCCAUGGUUACUCUGUUGUUCAUGGCUUUGCAACAGAAAUCUCAAUUUGUAAUGCUGUCAUUGACAUGUACUCAAAGUGUGGUAAGAUAAAUAUUGCUAGAGAAGUUUUCAAUAGGAUGCCAAAGCGGGAUAUUGUUUCAUGGAACACUAUGAUACUUGGUUAUGGAAUUCAUGGGCUUGGUGAGGAAGCACUUUUUCUGUUCCAUGAUUUGUGUGCUGUCGGUUUAGUACCAGAUGAUGUGACAUUCAUAUGUCUGUUAUCUGCUUGCAGCCAUUCAGGACUUGUUACGCAAGGGAAAUAUUUGUUUGGUGCUAUGAGCAGAGAAUUUAACAUUGUUCCAAGGAUGGAACACUACAUUUGCAUGACUGAUCUUUUGAGCCGAGCAGGGCAUUUGGAGGAGGCCCACAACUUCAUUCAGAAAAUGCCGUUUGAGCCUGAUGUUCGUGUAUGGGGUGCCCUGCUUGCUGCGUGUAGGAUUUAUAAGAAUGUUGAGCUAGGAGAAGAAAUAUUGAAGAUGAUCAAGAUGCUAGGCCCUGAAAGUAGUGGAAAUCUUGUUCUUAUGUCCAAUAUAUACAGCACUGUGGGGAGAUGGGAUGAUGCAGCACAUGUUAGGAUUGUCCAGAGGGACUGGGGUCUUAGGAAAAGACCAGGAUGCAGUUGGGUUGAGAUAGGUGGGGUUGUGCAUGCAUUUGUUGGUGGAGAUCAAUCCCACCCACACUCAGAACAGAUAAGCAGGAAAUUAGAGGAACUGCUAGUGGAGAUGAAAAGGUUGGGUUAUCGUGCGGGAUCUAGUUAUGUUCUCCAAGAUGUUGAAGAGGAAGAGAAGGAACGAAUUCUCCUUCAUCACAGUGAGAAGCUAGCUAUUGCCUUUGGAAUUCUCUGUUUGAACCCAGGAAAACCCAUUCUUGUCACCAAGAAUUUGAGGAUCUGUGGUGACUGCCAUGCUGCCAUAAAAUAUAUCACUGUCAUUACAAGGAGGGAGAUAACUGUAAGAGACGCAAAUCGAUUUCAUCAUUUUAAAGAUGGAAUUUGCAACUGUGGAGAUUUCUGGUGAGGUUAUAUACAAAGACCUACUAACGCUUUUAGGAGUGACUUGGGGCAGCCUUUCUUUGUCCUGCUGGCUGCUUGGCUGCUGCUUUGAGCCAGGUAAUUCUAUGCAUUAUUUGUUAUGAUGAGGCAUUUGAUUUGCAGGUUCAAGUCGCAGAAGGUCCAGAGUUUUGUUUUUGCAGCAUAAGCCUGAACAACUUGUCUGAUUGACCAGACUAGACAUAUACUCAAGUGUUUAACACAUGCCACAAGAGGCCAUAAUUUUUUCUUUUGACUAUAAGAUUGCCCACUUGAAAGUCUAAUCCUCAAAGAUGAUUAUAGUAUGAUAAUUUGUAGUUUAUACCUUUCAUGAUGAAUAAUGAUAAUUCUGAGAGGAUAUAUAUAGGUAUAAUGUAACUAUGUCUAUUAUUUUCAUGGAAUCUGUCACACCAAGAGCCCUAAUGUGACUUCAAGGACAUGUCAUUUAUAUGAGUUGAAUGGGUUCGGAAAGAAAUGGUGUUCUGGAAGAAUUUUCUUGAUAAAUGCAGAAUUGCAACCAAGUAUUCCCUGUUACAGCUUGAAAGAACAAGGAUUUUAUGAUUCUGUUUUGAUGAAAAAUGACCCUAUUUGCUUUUGCCCUUGACACUACUUGGUAGAUUGCAAAAGCCCUAUACUUGAGGUAUACUCUGUUUAGAAUUGAGCUAAAUCACAUUUCCAAACACUCACAUACACAUCAGUAUGCAUGCCUAUCCUUGUUUCUCUGAUUUUGAGAAUCACUUAUUUUGUUUUGCUUUAAUUUAUGAAUGCUUAUUUUUUCAUUGAGACUGAUGGAUUUUAUACAUGCAAAACUUGUUCUAUUUUGCUAUAAGAUCUGAUUGCUUGUAUAUCCAAAUUUUAUUUUAAGACAGAUGUAUACAAAAUGCUCCUUGAUAUUUGGCGAAGAUCUUUAUAUAUGAACGUGCAUCGUUGGUGUGUGUUCGGACAACCAUUGGACCUGGAAUAGCCCAUGUCAUUGGCCUAGUAUUCAAGUUUUCCAGUUGAUGAAAGAGGAACAAUGAAAUCUGUUGUUGAGUAUUUCCAUGAGACAUACGGUUUUGUUAUUCUACACACUCAGUGGCCCUGUCUUCAAGUGGGAAAUCAGCAGAGACCUAAUUAUUUGCCAAUGGAGGUAUGCAAGAUUGUAGAGGGUCAGAAGUAUUCAAAGAGGUUAAAUGAGAAGCAGAAUACUGCUUUGCUGAAGGUGACAUAUUAAAGCCCUCAAGAGAGGGAACUAGAUAUUCUUCAGCUUUGGUUUUAUGAAAAAUUUCUAAUAUUUGCCUGUUUUUCAUGGCUUUGUCUUAACUAGGCAGGUUAAAUGUUUGUUAUGCUCCUGCUUGGCACACUGGAUUUUUUCUAAGUUUGUUUAUUUUACUUUCCUGUUGCUUUGACAGCGUGAAAGUUUUUGGGUUGGCCCCCCCACAGGUGGGGGUGGAGAGCCUGGAAAUAUCUGACCUUAGAAACCCCUCAACACCCAACUAGGGUGAAGUAGCUUGUGCUCAACACGUUGAGUUUGGCUCUAAGAUCAUUCAAUUGCCCUAGUGAAUUAGACUGUUCAUCAUAAUGCUUACCAAGAUGAUCCAUAUGCAAAAGAAUUUGGAAUCAGAAUUAGUGAGAGGUUGUCUUCAGUUGAAGCUUGCAUUCUCCCUGCCUCAAAGCUUAAAUAUCAUGAUACAGGUAGAGAAAAGGAUUGCCUACCUCAAGUCGGUCAGUGGAACAUGAUGAAUAAGACAGAUGUUUACAAAAUGCUCCUUGAUAUUUGGCGAAGAUCUUUAUAUAUGAAUGUGCAUCGUUGGUGUGCGUUUGGACAACCAUUGGACCUGGAAUAGCCCAUGUCAUUGGCCUAGUUUUCAAGGUAAUGUUAUCAUCGAGAAUGGGAGGUUAAAGAAAAUGCAAAAAAUUUCCAUCAGUUGGAAUUCUUUUAUGUUUUCUUGAAUAGGCCAUGUUCCAAGUGUUUUAUCUCAUUUAUCAAAUGAAGGUUUAAAGACAACCAUGGUCACCAAACUUGUGACUUAAAUGAGAUGUAAUAUGACCAUUGAAAUUUGGUAGUUGUGGAGUAUAACGCAAUAAUGUAAUGGUGGGUGGUUUUUGUUGUUGUAGAGGUGUAAUGUAAUGGCAUGUAAUUCGGUAGUGGAAGCAUAAUGCAAUGUAAUGGUGGUUUUUUUUUUUCUUUUCAGUUAUUGUACAGGUAUAAUGUAAUGACAUUUUUUGGAAGCAAUGAUAUGACCAUUUUUGUUUUUUGAAAAAAAAAAACAAGUUAAGUUGACAAUGAA